GUUGCUGGCGCGGUCGGAGGCGGGGAGGGGGGACGGAGCAAAGCAAGGAACGCGCCUGGGCUGAGUCGCGCCCGCCCUUUGCCAGCCUCCCCUUGACAGAUUCAUUUCUCUCGCUCCCCCUCCUCAUUUCUUCUGGAAUUUUCCUUUGGGGCUUUUUAAAAAUUAAAUUACCGUUCAAUCAACCCAGUCGGUGACUCAGCCCGCUUCCCCCCCGCCAUCGCCAUCUCUCUGCUCUUGGGGAGGCUGGUUUGUCGCCAUGCAUAUGACCGGCGCUGCAAACUCUGGGCAGCCGCCCCGCAGCAGCAGCAGCAGCAGCAGCGACGAGGGGCGCUUCAGCGUCCUCAGCUGGCAGCAGGUGCAGCGGCUGGACCAGAUCCUCGAAGAAGCCGUGCCCAUCCAUGGCCGGGGCAACUUCCCCACUCUCUCGGUGCGACCGCGCAGGAUCGUGCAGGUGGUCCGCAGUCGUCUAGAAAAGAAGGGGAUUCCUGUCCAUAAUGUGAGACUGAAUGGGUCAGCAGCUAGCCACGUGCUGCAUCAUGACAGCGGUCUGGGGUACAAAGAUCUGGAUCUCAUUUUUGGGGUGGAUCUGAAAAGCGAGGAUGUCUUCCAGCUGGUGAAAGACGUGGUAAUGGACUGUCUCCUGGACUUCCUCCCAGAAGGGGUAAACAAAGAUAAGAUCACUCCCAUGACUCUGAAAGAGGCCUAUGUGCAGAAGUUAGUAAAAGUGUGCAAUGAAACAGACCGCUGGAGCCUUAUAUCGCUGUCAAACAACAGCGGGAAGAAUGUAGAACUCAAAUUUGUAGACUCUCUCCGAAGACAGUUUGAGUUCAGCGUGGAUUCCUUCCAGAUCAUAUUGGACUCACUGUUGCUUUUUGGGGAGUGUUCAGAGAACCCAAUGUCUAAGAACUUCCACCCAACUGUCACCGGGGAGAGCAUGUAUGGAGACUUCGAAGAAGCUAUGGACCACCUGAAGAACCGAAUCAUCGCCACGAGGAAUCCUGAGGAGAUCAGAGGUGGUGGCCUUCUGAAGUACUGCAACCUCCUUGUGAGGGGAUUUAAGCCCAAAUCAGAGGUUGACAUGAAGGCCUUGCAGAGAUACAUGUGCUCCAGGUUUUUUAUUGACUUUCCUGACAUUGGAGAGCAGCAGCGGAAGCUGGAGUCGUACCUUCAGAGCCACUUUGUUGGGAUGGAGAAUAAGAGGUACGAUUGCCUGAUGACCCUGCACAGAGUGGUGAAUGAGAGUACGGUGUGCCUGAUGGGACACGAAAGGCGGCAGACACUGAACCUCAUUGCCAUGUUGGCUGUGAGAGUCUUGGCUGAGCAGAACAUAAUCCCAACAGUCACAAACGUGACUUGCUAUUAUCAGCCGGCACCCUACGUCAGCGAAAUAAACGUCAACUACUACGUAACCCACAUGCAACCUCUCCUGCCUUGCAGUCACUCCUACCCGACUUGGCUCCCCUGCAACUGAGUUUUGCAGUGGCUCUCCUUAAUACUCUGCAAGGGUGGGGAUGGGGGAGUAGAGGCCGUUCACCCCCUCGAAGAGGAAAAAAAACCCAGAACUCUUGCUCCUACAUUGGAACUUAGUCAGUCUGCUGUAUACUGUGGAAUAACUGUGCAGUGUUAUGAGUAGUUACCGGAGAUGUUUACAGUAAGAAAAUGCUUGAGUUAUGUAUGGGGUGGGUGAGUAGGAUUAGGUUAAAAGGUAGAGCUGCACUACCUGAGUUGAAAGAUGGAUUUUUUUUCCUUUUUUAGUACAAAAAGUGUUGUGCAGACUCUGUUUCUCAAGAGAGGCCAGAGUGGCUGAUUCCUUUUAAAGGACCAAAGAAAUCCUAUUCAAGUGCCUGCAACCAAAAAAAAAAAAAUUGUACUGUAACUUUUUUUCUUUUUUGUAGGGGCAGAGCUCCUUCUUGGUAGUUCAAGUAGGGAUAUCUGAAAUUUGGGGAGGGUCACCUGAUCAUUUCUGUCAAGGGAACCGAUGUAGGCAGUGGCUUGAAAGAGCUGCAGCUGCCUUCUGGCUUGCAGUUAGAGAAGAGCCAGCAGGAUGGAUUAGUAAUCAGUGUGGAGAGCCGGAGGCUUGCGACGCUAGGCUAGAAAUGUUUUUGAUGUUGUACAGAAUCAUCACAAAGGCUGAAUGGAAGAUGGGGAACUGUCUCCAAAGUAUUGCUCUACUAAACAUGCAGUGCCAAAAAUUUGACUUCAGGAAGUAAAUGUCCCAAAGGGGAAGGGGAAAACGUUGGCAAUUGUGUGGCACUAAAAAGCCACUGGUCGGUAGGCUGUUGGGAUGAAACAAGCUUGACCUGAAACACCAGCAGACUUGGGCAGACUAAUCUGUGCUUGGUGGUUUCUUUGGCUGAGGUUGAGCUUUGGGCAAAGAGCCCUGAAGCUUUUACUGAAUACAGCAGCCGAUUCUUUUUAACCCUGUUCCCCAGCUCCAAGAAAGGCACUCCUCUCCCUUUAAAUUAGAUGCCUGUGUCCUGUUGCUUGGCUCCAUACAGGAGUAAGAUGGCAUUUUAUGUAACUUAGCAAUGAACCUCUGUUAGCAAAGACUUAGGAGGAGAGUAAUCCCAGAGUUUCUCUUUUUUUUUUUUUUGGCAACUGGAAGCAAGUGGGAGAUCUCGGUUGAAGUCGAUCAGACUUGUCUCCAAGAAGAUUUUAGCGUGUCUUGUAUAAAUACAUGAGGUUUGAAGCAGCUACCUACACAGCACGAGAGUGUCCUUUUCUGAUGUGUGGGAGUGAAGAGCAGUUUCUGUGUAAUGUGUUGGUUCAGGUUGAGGAUCCCCUGCUUUUUUUAGAAAGCCAAAGCAGUGGGUGUUUCAGCUUUUUGUUGGGCCCACUGUAGAAGGGCUACAUCAAGAUGCUUCAUGGUACAGCCUUGAAGGUCAACUUAUUUACUAAUGUUUGUUUGCAGUAAAGUUGUACCAUGUUUGGGGCAGUCUGGAAAAAAAUGAAAUAAAAUAUCAUACUUGGAUUGUUGUCUAGGUAAAAUUCUGCCUCUUUUCCUGUAGAAGUGUGAGCUGGGUUGGCAAAGACCAAACCAUUUCUCAAGCCUGUGACCACAGCGGCAAAACAUCUACUCCAGCUUUGCCACAUUCACCCUUCUUCCGGGAUGAGGAGGUGCCACUCAUUUCUAAGAGGUCCAAUGACUCUGUAAAUAGGGAGUUCUUCUGCAAUAUAAAUAGCUCUUGGCUGGGGAGGGGACGCUUCCUCUACAUACCAGUGAAUUCUUCCAUGCACAAGGAGAAAUGUGGCUGCAGUGCAUGAUAACCAGGGGCUUCGUUGAGUUUUUUUCCCCUUUUCCAUUGGAAAAAGCUGCUCUUCAGUCAUGUAUCUUCUUUGGCAGCUUUUUGGUAAUUCACAUUUUUUAAGGGGGAAAGCUGGGUUUGCACUAAUCAAAGUAGCACAGCUGUCUAGCAGCACUUAACUCUUCUGGCUGAAUUCUUGAGGGGGGAAGCAUAUAUGAGAGAACCACCUCUUUAAAAAAACUAAUUUAAAAAAAAUCUUUCCCCUGUAACCAAGCGCUUGCUGGAGGAAUAAUAAAAAUUUGCACUUUUUGUGGGGUGUGUAUGUGUGUGGAGAAAUUCCUACAAACGGAAGCUGCGUUGGACAUUUUUUGCUGUGAUUGUGCUGUUCCUUUGUAUGCGUGAGGGGUAUCUUACCGAUUUGAAGAGCUUGGCGCUUCCUGACUUGUGUUCGACUGUGUUCCGCAGCUACCAAACCUGUCAUGCAGUAGGCCUGACAAGAUUUGCUAGAUUCUUUAGAAUCUGUCACUAUCAAUAAAUACAAUGUAUUGAAAUCUGUUGGGUUAUUCUUGCUUUGGUCAUGGGAGGGGGCUUAAGGCCAUAGCUUUGGGGUCCAUUGCACCCCUUUCAGUAUCUUACUGUUUUGACUAUGACAGGCUGAACUGAGGCAAAAACGGGCAGUGCGCUUGUCUGUCACAUGGUGUCAAAUGCUUCCUGGAGGGUAUCAAGAGUUUGAGGACAGUUGCAACGGCAUCGGGGCAGUAGAUGCCUUACAUAGCAUCCGAUGGUGCCAGCACAGAGGCAGAUGAGAGCACAUCAUUACCCUUUCCCAGUGCAAAGGAAUUGUACGGCCAUACAGAGAGGGGUGAAUGUUGUUACUGGUCAGGCAUGCCCCUCUGACAAGUACAAAUUCCUGCUGCUCCUUCACCCCCUAACUUAAACUGGAAGCACAAGAUGUGCUUUUUUAAUUGAAACCAUUUGGGAUUACUUCUGCCAAGGCAGUUUAAGACUCAAAGCACAGUUUUCAGUGUUGGGGCCAAUACAAUCCCGAAACUUCCUUCCUCCAAACCUUUUUUGGUGUUUUCCCCCUCAGCUGUCAACUGCCAUGGGGGUUGAAGAAGAAAAUCGGAUGUGGACAGGAUUUAUGGAGCAAGCUUGGCCACUGCUGGCUAAGGAGCUCGUGGUAUAACCUAUAUCCUCUAACCUCAGCCUCUUUGCAUAAGUAAUUUAUAAGCAGGGCUUGGGAGAACUAGAAUGUACAACUGGUAAUGCUAGUCUAAUGUAGGCUAUGAGUGGGGAGGGAGGAAAUACUUCGGAGGGGUUUGAAUAACACCAGUCUUAAAACUGUGCUAGAGGCUGGUUCUGGUUAUCAACUUCUAAUGUGGCCCUGUCUUAAUCCUUGCUUGCUCUUGAUAAAUACACUUUUCUUGAUGCUGUUGAUUAUCUUUGAAUGAGGUUUUCUGCACCAGGUUUUUACUCCAGCCUGGCUUCUUCGCUAUUUUGGUUUCCCCCCUUCCUUACAUACAGCAUUUAUCAUUUUUUCCUUUUGAGUUUUUUCAGUGUUUUUUCAGACUGCUUCUGCUGUGGCCUAAAAACACAGGGGAAAACUGGUGUGUGGGGUGGGAGGGGGACAGAGCUGGCAAAUGAGGCUUGUGUGUGAGGGAAGGGGAAAACCAGUUUAGCUAAGAAAGGAGCAAAAAGCCUAAUGUGAAGAUCUACCCCUGUCCAUAUUGUGCCUUAGUUACUGUCCUGCUAAAGUUUGAACGCUCUGCCAUUCCUUUAACUUGGUCUCUCCUGCCCAGCUCCAUGACGGCCUGGCCGGCUGUCUCUUUGAAAUCUCGCCACAGCAGCAAAAACAAUCACCUGACAUAUCUGGCUCUUUUCCAUUGUUGGAGCAAAUCAAACUAAAACAAAAGGAUGCUAGUGGAAAGCACUGGUUGUGUGAUCCGAAAGCAGCUUUCAAUGUUGAAGCUUUCUUUGUUUCAUAUCCAAUAAAAAUCUAUUUUCUCAGAA